AUGACUUACAAGUUGGUUAGUUUGGCGUUCAGAGGCAAUAAUUGGGUUGAGAAUAACUACUAUAGAAAUUACCUACCCAUCAUGGAUAAUACUCGAUAUAACUACAAUGCACCAGUACCAGCGAAUCUUCCUAAGCCAACAUCGUCAGGUACUUUAGAAGGGCCUCCACCUAAGCGUUAUAGACCAAAUAACUUUGAAAAUAAUCCUGCUCAUGUCCCUAAUAUGUUAUAUCAGCAACCUGAUUAUGGCCAGUAUGCGGAAGGAUAUUAUGGGAUGCCGCAGCUUGGUUAUGCCCCUCAAUGGCAACAUGCCCCUCAGUAUGCUUAUCCUUAUUACUUACAACCGCCUCAGGUAAGCCAAUACCCCCAUAUAGUGCCUCAGAUGGCCGAAUCCAUACCUAACGCGAACCAUAGGAAUACCAUACAUGAUAUAGUGAAAAAAGAGGAGAAAGGCGAUGUUCUGAAAGCAAGUUUGACGUCCGAGAUGGAGUUAAAAGAGACUAAGGGUACGAGGAUUGAAGAAAAUGAAGACAAUGAGGUCAACAAUUGUAAUAUUCGUACAGAACAUAUAUCAGAUGAUGAAAUAGAUGGGACUGCAGGCGAUGAUAGUCUCUUAAUACCAGGUACGUCGAUUUCACUAAAGACUGAGGACGAUAUUGCUAAGUGGCGAGAAGAUCGACGUAAGAUGUGGCUGGUAAAGAUAUCGAAUAACAAGGAGAAGCAUAAAAAGGACAUGAAUAUUGAAGAUAAACACAUAGCAUCAAGCCCGUUGGUGCAGGUGAAGAAAGAAAAGAAUUUUAUAAACUCCAUCCAAAACCAGGUGAAUAGGUACAACCCACAGCCGAGAUUGAACUUAGGUUUGGUACAACGUUCAAUGGCUAGUGAAAACUCCAAAUUACUGGGAUUCAUAAAGCAACUUGGAGAAGCUAAGAUGCUUGAAUAUGUUCUGACCGAUAAAGAGAAGGAUAUACUGUUUGGUAGGACGAACAAGAUCCCAUUUGGCAAGAAUGGAAAUAACAACCACAAUAACAGACCACAGCAGAGGAAUUUUAUGAAUAAUCGGACAUCGCAAUCGAGGUAUAAUCGAUAG